CUCGGUGCACGUAGCUAAUUAGCUAUCCUAGCCGGCACACACUACACACUACACUACAUAUACUCAAGAUAGAAAAUUCUCUUUGUGCGUAGCUAGCUCUAGGCAUUACCAAUGACAUCACCCAAGCAUGCCUUCGGUUCCUACGGUAUCGUGGCCUUGCUCUUCUUCUCCUCGGCCAUUGUUUCAGCGGAUCUUUCCGCUGAAUUCUACGACGAAACCUGCCCGGACGCUCUGGACAUCAUCGAGGACGCCGUGAGAGCCGCCGUCUCCAAAGAAUCCCGCAUGGGCGCGUCGCUGCUCCGCCUCCAUUUCCACGACUGCUUCGUCAAUGGCUGUGACGGAUCAGUGCUGCUCGAUGGCGCCACCGGCGAGAAGAAUGCGGUGCCAAACAAGAACUCCCUUCGCGGCUUCGAGCUGGUCGACGACAUCAAGGCGCAGCUCGAGAAAGCCUGCGCCAAGGUGGUGUCCUGCGCCGACAUCCUCGCCGUCGCCGCCCGUGACUCCGUCGUCGCGCUGGGCGGGCCUACGUGGGACGUGGAGCUAGGCCGGAGGGACGGGACGACGACGAGCCAGGACACAGCGAACAGCGACCUCCCGGCGCCGACCUCCGACCUCGGCGCCCUGACCAAGGCAUUCUCGAUCAAGGGCCUCACCCAGAAGGACAUGGUGGCGCUCUCCGGCGCGCACACCAUCGGACAGGCGCGGUGCGUCAACUUCCGCGGCCGCCUCUAUAACGAGACCGCGCCCAGCCUCGACGCGACGCUCGCCACGUCGCUGAAGCCAAGGUGCCCAUCCACGGACGGCACCGGCGACGACAACACCUCGCCGCUGGACCCCUCCACGUCCUACGUGUUCGACAACUUCUACUACAAGAACCUCCUGCGGAACAAGGGCCUGCUGCACUCGGACCAGCAGCUGUUCAGCGGUGGCGGCUCGGCUGACGCGCAGACCACCGCCUACGCGUCCGGCAUGGGCGCCGGCUUCUUCGACGACUUCCGUGACGCCAUGGUGAAGAUGGGCGGCAUCGGCGUGCUCACCGGAUCCAGCGGGCAGGUCAGGGUGAACUGCAGGAAGGCCAACUGAAGUAGAGUCAACUGUGCCAGGCUUCUCACUAUGGUGAUCAUGUCAAUUGUCAUAUUGUGUGUGUGAUGAUGAGCUCUGCUUCCAACGGUUGCAGUACUACAAAUACAAUGAUAACAAACAAGGAAUAAUAAGAUCACAUGAAGCUGCUUGAGUGUGGAUGCAUGUUACUCGA